UAGCAAUAAUGUCUGAAUCUUCAGAAUGCACCCAUUCUUCCUUACCAUUCCAUUUGAGGCAUCCUACUCGGUAAUACAUGUACUGUGGCAAAGAUUUCAAUGUAUUUUCAGUGUGUCAUCUCCGGUUGUAUUGUUGUAACCUGUUAUUUAAAACCUCUUAUUUAAGUUAGGUCUUCUGAAGCACUCUGACAGCUCUGCUGUCUGUAUGUGUGUCUGUAUUGUAGGAACAGAUAUGGGUCUCAGUACUUCAGAAUAUGUCAUGGGCCUCUUUGAAAUGCACAUAUUUGUUGCUGGAAGAUCCUUUACUGGGACAGUAGUAAACACAUCUUGAAGUGCUCAUACUAGGCAAGUGACUUGCAAGACCUUUUGGGCCAGUACGCUGCUAACAACGUUAAUAGAAUCUUUCGAUGGACCACAGGCAACAUUAACCUUUUGGAGGUCUUGUGUACGGUAGCACCUAAAGUGAAUCAGAAUGCCUCUCAGUGAUGAGCAUAACAGUGAUUCAGAGUCUUCGCGCCUCUCAGAAAGCACAGCUGCUUCUAGUGACUCUGAAUACUCAAGACAGAGCUUUAACAGCGAUUCUUCAAGCAAACCCAGCUCUCCAGCCUCAGCAAGUCCCCCUAAGAUGAUUACAUUUGAUGAACUGAUGGCAGCUGCAAGAAAUUUGACAAACUUGACCUUAGCUCAUGAAAUUGCUGUAAAUGCAAAUUUCUGCAUAAAACACGAAGACUUGCCACAGAACAGUUUUGCAGGCACAGUGAAACGGAUUGUACACAAGGCAUUUUGGGAUCACUUGGAAUCUGAACUGAAUGAAGAUCCUCCAGAAUAUGAGCAUGCUAUCAAGCUCUUUGAGGAAAUUAAGGAGAUUCUUCUUUCCUUCCUGACUCCUGGAGCAAACAGGAUUCAAAAUCAAAUUUGUGAAGUUCUAGAUACGGAUCUUAUACGACAGCAGGCAGAACAUAAUGCUGUUGAUAUUCAUGGGCUAGCGAAUUACAUUAUCAACACUAUGGGAAAGUUGUGUGCUCCAAUAAGAGACAAUGAUAUAAAACAGUUAAAAGCAACUGACAAUAUCGUAGAAUUACUGAGACAAAUAUUCCGUGUUUUGGACCUGAUGAAAAUGGAUAUGGCAAAUUACACAAUUCAAAACCUUAGACCAUACCUUCAGCGUAAUUUGGUGGACUAUGAAAGAACAAAAUUCCAGGAAAUUCUUGAAGAAACACCAAGUGCCUUGGACCUCACAACAGAAUGGAUAAAGGAAUCGAUAGAAGAUGAAUUAUCAUCUACUUCUGAUGAGUCUUCAUCAUCCCCUGGUGCUGAUAGUAGUUCUAAACGAACCAUUAGUCCUACACUGGUGCUAAACAAUGGCUACUUGAAACUGUUACAGUGGAAUUACCACAAAACAAUUCCAGAGACGCUAAUAACAGAUGAAGCUCGUCUUCAGGAGUUGAGAGAGAAGCUCAAACAAUUAAGGAUCAUAGCUUGUGUUUGUCUUAUAACAAACAAUAUGGUGGGUGCAGCAAUUGUAGAUGUGCCUGAUUUUGCUGAGCAGCUGAAAAGGAUCUCUGUUCCUCUUCUUGAAGGCAUGAACAAGAAAACUUUUGAUUUGAAGGAGGCUCUGAAUGCUAUAGGUGUCCAAAUUUGCAGUAAAGUGAACAGGUCUCUAACUGAAAGAGGUCUUCCCACUCUUGAUGAAGAAAUGCAGAGUAAUUUAAUGGGUCAGAUCGCUCAUAUUGUAGAGGAGAAUAAUCCUGUCUGUUCGUUGAUUGACAAACGGAUCCAGUUCUUCUUGAGAAGCUUGCUUUCUCUUCCCAGCUUUCAGAAGUCUAUGCCUACCAUGCCAGGAGGCCUUUCCGUGAUUCAGACAGAGAUGGAACUUGUUGGAUCUCAGUAUGCAAGCAUUGUAAACUUUAAUAAACAAGUGUAUGGACCGUUCUAUGCAAACAUACUUAGAAAACUACUUUUUCGUGAAACACCAAUGGGAAAAGCAGAAACAGUAACAGCAACAGCUACCAAUUAAAAAUUUCACCUGCUUCUUUACCCUUUUUUGUCUUUCAAAGUGAUCUGUUCCCCACUAAGAACAGUCCACUCCAGUGAAUAUCAGUGAGAGAGAUUUUGUAAAAUGUAUACAGAUGGCUUCUGAAAUUCACUGGAAAGAUAUUUAAGUUCAAGGACAUACAUAUUUUAAUAGGAUAAAUUUGUUUGAUGCAUUUUGUGGCUUCUAAUAGCCAGUGAACUAUUAGUUCUCAUGGCAAGCAUUUAUGAUUCAGAUUGGGAAAGGGCUGGCAAAGUACUUGUUUUUUUGCCACUGUUAAAACAAUGUUAUUUUUUCAACUUAAAUAUAUUUACAUAUAGCAAUAAAAUUAUGAAAUGAGAAGACAGUUGUAGGUAAAAUGUACUGUGCUUACAUUGUAUUUUUGUAGAGCAACAUCUAAUACAACACUCAAAUUUCUGAAAAGACUUUAAUGUAAGAACUGCUUUUGUAACCAAAACCAGGUUCAUACUAGGCCAAAUUCUGGUACCAGGAGGACAGCUACUGGAAUGAGAACUCGGCCUCUAUUAAUGUUAAGGAAUGCCAGUGUUGUAAGCUAUAUGAAGUAUAGCAGUUACAGAAGAAGCAUGCACCAUUUGAAGUAGAAAUAGUUCAGAACUUCUCAAAUAUAAUUGAGAUUAAUGGUAAACACCUAAGAAACAUCAUGUUGGGGGGGGGGGUUAAUUUCUGUAUAUAAUGUUUAUAAGCAUUUUGUUUAUCCAAUGGUGGUCAUACAGCUCUUAAAUCUAAUCUUUAAUAUGUGUAUGUACUAAUCUUUGAUCUUAAUGGGUAUUAAGUAUUUUUAAGUUGGGUCUUUCUGACCUUUAUUCCCAAAAGCACUUGAAAGUGACCUUAGAGAAUACCACAGAGCAACUUCCCCCUUUUAUGUUCUUUUGGAUGAGGGUGUAAGCUUUUCAAAGGAUAUUCUGGGGUCUGAAAGCAAGAACCCAAGUGAUUAGUCAUUCUGAAAAUGUGACUGAGUUCACUUUCACACAUUUUGUGAGAAAUACUGUGAUUUAUUUAAAGUUCUUUGUAAUAGGCCCCAGUAAUUAGUUCCCAUUUAAAGGCAUCAGGAAUCUUGCAUACAGGAAACGAACAGGCUUGAAACUGAGAAAUGUGGAAAUAAACAUUAAGUUUACACAGGCUUUAUUUUGCAUAUUUCAGAUUACUAGGAAUAGAUACUGCUGGAAUACAUAUUAUAGAUAUGUUGUCUAUGAAAUUGAAUCAUAAUUUACUUGAAAAUAAUCUUUUAAUAUAUUACUACAUAAUAGUCCUUUUUAAAAUGUCAUAUAUAAACUCCAUAUGGUACAAGUUAUAUAGCUUGUUCUAAUAUUUUAUAUUACAGUCUAUUUUUUAUGAAGAGACAAGAUCACCCAUAAAAGCUUAAUGUGUCCCACAAAUCGUGUAUGUACAAUACUGUGUCUUACCAUAAAGGUCUAAAAAAAACUGGGCAUUAUUAGCAGUGUGGUUUUGUAGUCUGUUACUAGAGAAUUGUGUACUCUUUUUGGUAAGGGAAAUGACUUCUGGUCAGUUGUUCCUCACUGUUGAAGAAUUUUGGUCACAUGUCCAUAAACUUCCUCCAAAAUGCCUUUUUAGAAAUUUCUCUAGUGCACUUUUGCUCUAUCCCUUGUAAAAAAAUUGCACAAAGUAAAGAUGAAUACAUAUUUUAAAGGGAACUGUUUCCUGAAGCCUGAAAAACCUGUGAGAAACUCCUAGAAUAUAGGAAUUGUGCCACUAGGUAGAACAGGCUUGCUUAGGUGAAUAUGAAAUUUUGAUGUGCAAUUCAAAAUUAUCAAGAGAAGAAUGCGUUUCAAAAGCAGUUAUGGAAAGUUAAGUCCUAGUGAUUUGCUGCAUCUUUGGAAAGACAGAAACUAUUUUAAGCUUCAGCCAAAAGAGGAUCUUACCAGUGUUUAAAGAAGAUUUAUAACAUGAUUUUUUUAUUGUAAUACUUUAUAUGCAUUUUAUUGUAAAAUUAAAUACAACUACAGAUCUUCAGUGUUCUGGGGAAACUCUCUUACUAGGUUUUACCAGUAAAUAAAUAAGGGUUUGUUGGGUUUUUUUGGUGGUUAACUAGCAAAGGGCAUUUUAUAGCAUGGCCUAUGUUUCAAGUGAUUGUUUAAUGUACCUUAAUUAUUGUUUAAUGUUUGAAGCAUAGGCACUGCAUCAGUUUAAUGUCAUGUUUUGCAUGCUGUUGACAUUACUGUGGCUGAAGUACACUUGCCUUUGCUCUGAAGUUGUCCUUGUGAACCAAGAUGCAAUUAUGUAACAGCUUUCCCCAUUGAAAUGAAUAUUUGAGGGUUUGUAUGCAUUAAAUUGUUUGUGAUAUGA